UCCGUUUGUAACAGCCACGAGUUCACGGUCUUUCUUUCCUUCUGUGCAAGAGGCAAAUUCUUGAACUUGAACCAGUUUGAUUGCAAUUUUAAGCGAAAUUCGCAGAGUAAACCUAAAUUUCAUCUUUUUCUUGCAAAAGGAAGCCAAAUUACAGGCAUUGGAAUGUGAUGAUUUCCGUACUGCUGCAAUCGCCGGCGGUCGCUGUGGCUGCGGCUUCAGUGUCCAGCCACCGCAGCCUUCGCCUGCCUCUGUUUAACAUUCCAUCAAUAGACGACCACCACCACCAGCAACGACCACAACGGCUUAGUAUGAGGCGGAGGUUUGGAGGCCGCGUUUUUGUGAAUAAGGAAGACACUGGCACUGAAGUGAGCACCACUAAUUCCACUCCAUCUUCCACAGAAAAACAAGAAAUAGACCAAGAGCCAACACCACAAGAAGAAGACGGUGACCCAGAUCCUCAGGACCUUGAAUAUGUUUCCCAAAUCAAAAGAGUUUUGGAGCUUCUUAAGAAAAACAGAGACAUGCUCUUCAAUGAGGUUAAGUUAACUAUAUCGAUUGAAGACCCCAGGGACGUUGAGAGGAAGCGUUUGCUUGGCAUUGACGAUGAAAAUGCUCCCACCAGGGACGAAUUGGGUGCUGCUUUAGUGGAAGUAAAUGAAGGUAAAAUUCCAAAAGAUCGCGUUGCUUUGCAGAUGCUUGCUGAAGAAAUGAUGCAAUGGCCUAAUUUAGAGGUUGAAAUAACACCAAAGAAGAAACGGCCUGGAAAAUCUUUAUAUGCAAAAGUCACAGACACUGGUAUUGAUCCAAGAGAAGCUGCCAAGAGACUGAAUGUUGAUUGGGAUACAGCUGCAGAGAUCGAGGAUGCUGAGGCUGAUGAAGUGGAAGUGCCAUCGGCCGUGGGAUAUGGAGCUUUAUACUUGGUUACAGCAUUUCCAGUGAUUAUUGGCAUCUCCGUAGUGCUCAUUCUAUUUUAUAAUUCUCUCCAAUAAAAGAAUUUUCAAAGAAUGCCUCCGUUGUGUUGUAAUAAACUCAAAGUUUGAACAUGGUAUAAAUAUUAUGCGUUCAUAGGCA